GUUCUGUUCCACAACUAGGGUUCUUCUUGUCCCUCUGUCAAAAACUUAUCAAUGAGUGAUCCUAACCCCUACUUUCCACCAGAUUUACUAAUCGAAAUCCUCCUUAAACUCCCUGUUAAAUCCUUAAUCCGCUUCUUAAUCAUCUCCAAAUCAUGGUAUUCCUUAAUCACAGACACUUCUUUCAUCUCAACACACCUAAACCAAAAAAUCAAGAAUACCCAAAGUACCCUUCUUGUUCGUCAUUACAAUAAUAGCCACAAUAAAGAACAUUAUUCAUUAUUCCAAGACAUUAAGAACACACCCUUUUCAUUGAAUUUUUCAACUGAAUUGAAUUUUCCAUUAAACUGUCAACUUGGGUAUUUUAGAAUUGUUGGUACAUGUAAUGGUGUUGUUUGUUUAUGUGAUGAUUUGUUUGGUGAGUUAAAAAGUUUAGUUUUAUGGAAUCCUUCUAUUCAAAAGAUUACAACUUUACCCUUACCUUUAAUUAAUCCUCAGUCACCCCAUAUGUUUGUUCUUGGAUUUGGUGGUACUACUACUACUACUACUAAUAAUAAUGUUGAUGAUGUUGAGUAUAAGUUGGUUAGACUUGUGUAUCAUAAAAAAAAUGAUGAUGGUUUUGCUAGGUAUAAUAUUCCACCUGAAGUUGAGAUUUUUUCGAUUAAUACUAUGGUUUGGAGGAGAGUUAUAGGAGUUGAGGUUAAGCAUUUUUUGGUUGAGUUUAUGUGGUCACAGGUUUUCUUGAAUGGAGCUGUACAUUGGAUAGCGUAUGAUGUGGACUCCGCGAACGGUGGGGUCCGGAGUUUAGUUAUGUCGUUUAGUGUAGGUGAUGAGGUGUUUAAGGCGAUUAUGUUGCCGGAGGGUUUAGUUAGUGAGAUCGCGACGAAUUUAUCGGUUAUGGUGUUUGAGGGGUUGCUUUGUGUUGUUAAGUAUCAGAGGGAGAUUGAUGGUGGUUCGUGUGAAGUGUGGGUGAUGAAGAAUUACGGGGUUUUGGAAUCUUGGAGUAGAUUGUAUCGGAUAAAUUUGGUUGAGGAUAUGGAGAAAGUAGUUGGAUUUAGGAGUAACGGUGAGGUUUUGUUUUCGACUAAGGGGAAUGAGAUGGUUUGUUAUGAUCCGAAUAGUGGAGACAAGAAGGAUCUUGGUAUUCGAGGGAGCUCUCGUUCGUUUUAUGUUCAGAAUUAUGUGGAAUCGCUUGUUUUACUGAAAGGGAAUGGUGUUGUUUCGGAUGAAUUCUUGGAAGGAAUGGGAAGUUUAUCGAUGCAAUAAAGAACGUGAUUAGAAGAUGAGGCAGAAGUUUGCACACUUCUCCCUGAUGUAUAAAUUGGCGUGUGAUGAAGGAAAAGCAUAGUACCUAAUUUAGCUCGAUACAAACUAGUUGGAGUCGGAUGAAUCCUCCAUGUCCAUUCUGCUCUUGCUGGAGGAUAUAGAGUUCGAUUAACUUUUCUUUUUCAAUGAUGCGCAAGAGUUCAUAGUCUCACUUGGUGUGGUAUUCCCCUUGUUUGCAGAGCUUGAGUUUAUCCUAUCAUUUAAAAUUUCCUCUCAUCUGAUAUUUGUCUAUUAAGGCGAAGUACGCAACUAUCCUGCCUGCAUUUUUUGGGGCUGUGUGGAAACUGGAAAGAGAGAAACGAGAGAUGCUUUACGGACAAAACCCAAAUUGACAGCCAAUUUUUUGUUUCAACUGUAGAUGUUUGCUCUUGUAAAAUCCUGGUGUAAUUUCUCUUCUUGAUAUUGAUGUAAAUUCUAUCCCUGAUUUCAUACACUCCCUAUAAGUUUAAUGAGAGGGAGGAUUAAUUGUUUUGCUGUACAUAUUUUGC